AUAAUGGCUGAAGUGGAGCUUCACCCGCACCACGUGUUCGGUUUGCGAGCAGCAGUGAGGAAUAAUUUGUUCUUUCUUGACGAGCAAACUGUCGUUUAUCCGUCUGGGAACAACUGUGUGUGCUACAACAUACACCAACGAUGCUACAAGUUCAUGGCAGGUACGGAGAGGAGCCAGGGCAUGCAGGCGCUCGCCAUCAGUCCCAACUGGCGGUAUCUGGCCGUGUCAGAGCGCGGUGAGAGAGGCACCAUCACUAUUUACGACCUUCAGCACGAACAGAACCGUAGGAGGAAGGUGCUGACGGGCGGCGAUGUCAGCGUGCAGGAGUUUGUCUAUAUGGCAUUCUCUCCCGACUCGAAGUACCUGCUGGGUCAGGGUGGAGGACCCGAGUGGACCCUCAUAUACUGGCUCUGGGAGAAGAAUAAGGUCAUGGCUACGGUGAAGAGCACUAAUGUUGGCCCUGUCCAUCAGAUCAGCUUUAACCCACAGGACAGUACGCAGGUCUGCGUCAGUGGGAACGGCGUGUUCAAGCUUUUCCGUUACGUCGAUGGUGCUCUGAAACAGACCAACUCUGCAAAGCUUGAGACGCAGAACGUCCUGUCUCAUGCAUGGAUGUCUGAGGAGCGCAUCAUCGCUGGAACGGAGAUGGGACGACUGCUGGUGUUUGAGUCAGGAGACCUGCGUUGGGACAUGAGCGUGACCAAUAAGAAAACUGAACAGGAGAAAAAGAGACCAACAGAGGACGAGACCCCAUCAGCUCCAGCCUCGAUGCCGCGAGUGACUGUCAUCAAAGCUUAUUCUAAAGGUUUUGCAUGUUCGGCUGGUCCAGGAACUGUGUGUCUGUUUGAGAAAAGUGAGGAAAAGAACAACUACAGACAAAUCAGGGAAAUAAGGAUACCCCCAGACCCAUGCAGCAAUGAGCCAGGUCAGGCGGAGCAGCAGGAGAUCACCUCCAUGUGUAUCAGCCCAACAGAGGAGACUCUGGCCAUCAGCACAGACAGGGGUCAGAUCUACCUCAUUGCACUCGCCUCUGCUGAGAUUAGCAAGGGUAUCCAGGCUCAGUUUGAGUUUCUUUCCCACUCUUUUCACUCUGGGAUCAUCACCGGUCUGUCUGUCUGCGUCCGCAAGCCACUCGUCGCCACCUGCUCCAUGGACCACUCCAUACGCAUCUGGAAUUAUGAGACCGGUGUUUUGGAGCUGUAUAAGGAGUUCCAGGAGGAGUCGUACAGCGUGGCCCUGCACCCGUCGGGUCUCUUCGUCCUGGUCGGCUUCUCCGACAAACUCCGCCUCAUGAACCUGCUCAUCGAUGACAUCCGCACCUUCAAGGAGUUCACUGUGCGCUGCUGUCGAGAGUGUGUGUUCAGUCACGGGGGUCACAUGUUCGCCGCUGUCAACGGUAACGUGAUUCAUCUCUACUCCACCACCACCUUCGACAACAUCCUGAAUCUGAAAGGUCACAGCGGCAAGGUCCGGUCGGUGGUGUGGAGCUCUGAUGACAGUCGCGUGGUGUCGUGUGGGAUGGACGGAGCCGUGUACGAGUGGAACGCUCUGAGCGGCCAGCGCGAGUCCGAGAGCGUGUUGAAGUCGUGUAGCUACACCAGCGUAGCGUUUUCACACAACACCAGGAGCACACUCGCUGUGGGAAACGACUGCACACUGAAGGAGAUCCAGGACUACAAGGUCCUGAGGGAAGUCGCCUCGGAUGACGUGAUCUACACAGCCAUCGUCAUGACUCGCUCAGGUCGAGCUCUCUUCACCGGGACCUCCAGCGGCACCAUAAGGGCCAUCAAGUACCCUUUACUUCUGCAGAAGGACUGGACCGAGUACCAGGCUCAUUGUGCUCCCAUCACUAAAAUGGUGAUCACGUUCGAUGAUCAGUUCCUGCUGAGCGCUUCAGAAGAUGGCUGUAUCUUCAUCUUUAAAAUCACUGAGCAGGAAGGACGAGGGCUGAAGAGGGACAAAGCGAUAAGCUAUGCCGAGGAGAUCCUCAUCACCAGGUCUGAUCUGGAGGAGAAGAACCAAAUCACGAUGGAACUUAAGACCCGUGUAGAAGAGCUGAAGAUGGAGAACGAGUACCAGCUGCGUCUUAAAGACAUGAACUACAACGAGAAGAUCAAGGAGCUCACUGAGAAGUUCAUCCAGCAGAUAGAGUCACUUACAAACCAAAACCAGGUGCUGGAAUCAGAGAAGGAGAAGCAGGAGAUCACACACCAGGUGGCGCUAAAGGAUAUUACAGAGAGCCACGCUAAAGAGCUGCAGGAUCUGGAAUCCACCAACAACCAAAAGCUGAUGCUGGAGUACGAGAAGCAGCAGGAGAUGCAGCUGAAAUUGCGGCGGAUGCAGGAGAGCUAUGAGGUGAAGCUGCAGAAUCUAGAGGAUGGACAAGUGCGUGCCCUGGAGGACAUGACGCAGUUUUACGAGUCCAAGCUGCAGGAGAAGUUGUUCGAGCUGGACCAGUGUCAGGACGCGUCUCAGCAGCAGUUACGAGAGUUUGAGGAAAUAAAGACACAGAUCGAGGAAGACGGCGACCUCGAGCUCCACGACAUCCGAGUCAAAUACGAACGCAAACUCUGGGAGGAAAAGGAGACCAACUUGAAGCUCGGCGGAGAGACGAGAGUCAUGAAGAAGAAGUUCACCAGCCUGCAGAAGGAGAUCGACGACCGCAACCUGGACAUCGAGAAGCUGAAGGUGGAGCAGCAGAAGCUCCAUGGAGUCAUCAGGGCUCUGGAGAAGGACAUCAUGGGACUGAAGAGAGAGAUCCAGGAGAGAGACGAGACCAUCCAGGACAAGGAAAACCGCAUCUAUGACCUUAAGAAGAAGAACGAGGAGCUGGAGAAGUUCAAGUUUGUGCUGGAUUACAAGGUCAAUGAGCUAAAGAAGCAAAUCGAGCCACGUGAGAAUGAGGUGAAGGAGAUGAAGGAGCAGGUCCAUGAGAUGGAGGCUGAACUGGAUCAGUUCCAUAAGAAGAGCACUCAGCUGGAGCUCACCAUCUCCCAGCUGAAGCUGAAGAUCAAAGCCAUGGAUAAGGAGAAGCAGAAAGAGAUGCAGAGGGUCAGAGAUGUAGAAGCUCUACUGCACAGGCUGAAGACCGAGCUUCACCACUGUGUGGGCUUCAUCCAGGAGCCGAAGAAGCUGAAGGAGAGCAUUCGAGACAUUUAUGACCGCUAUGUCCAUCAGUCAGAUGUGGUGGAGAUAGCAGGAGUGGAUGCAGAUGUUCAGCAUGAGUACAGCAGGCAGCGGGAUCACAUGGAGAGGAACAUGGACUCUCUCAGAAGGAGACUAGCCAAGGACAUCAAAGUUCAUGAAGCAAAGAACAUCAAGCUCAUGAAGGAGAACGUCUCUCUUAUCAAAGACAUUAAUAACUUGAGGACAGAGCUGAGGCUGAUGCGAGCACAGAUCCAUGACUACGAAACCCAGAACGGCUUCAAUAAGCACAAGUCCAAGAGCGCCACCUACAUCAAGCGUGAGUCACUGAGCACUCCAGCAGCAGCAGCAUCCCUGGGGGCGUCACGGCUGAACACUGAGGGUGAGGCUGAGCACAUCAUACAGCAGCAGCGCCUCGAGAUCCAGCGGCUGAGGCAGGAAAUACUAGGUCAAGGUCAAGGUCAAGGUCAGGAUCAAAGCUUUGUCCUGCCGAGACUGUCGAGCAACAUCAAACUACCUGCCCUCAGCACCUAAACACUAUUUACAACAUGUACACACUCCUCACACACUCAUUACACCACAUACACACUCCUCACACACUCAUUACACCACAUACACACUCCUCACACACU